AUGCCACCAGAAGGAAGCACGAAGGCUGGGAGGAUACUGCCAGGUCGCCCAUGUCUAAACAGGGGAAGCCGAGUGGCAGAGGUCGGGUUCGAACCACGGACCUUUCGGUCAGGGAACAUAGACAAACCACCAAGAAACGCAGACGGAUAUGGAGUUACUCAAAGACCCAGUAAUGACGGGGCACAAGCUAGACACGAAACACAAAAUAAAUCCAGAAAAAAGCUUGAAAGUUUGAGCUCAGCGGUUGAGGUUGGAAUUUACUGGCCGGAAGGUUUGUGGUUCGAACCCAAUCCCGGCAUUUCGACUGCUCCUGCUUGGAUAACCCGACGGUAG